GUAGAGCAAAAGUCCCCAGUUGGCACUAUUACGUAAAGCUGUCAAAAUUCUGUUAUCCUUCCCUUGGAACGAAGUCGUUCACGUGAAGGAUAAACUUUGGCUUUUCUCCUUCAGUUUAUGCAUUUGUUGCAUAUUUCGACUCCUUUUGGUUAUUAGACGGGGAAUUUUGUUGACCUGUUACCACCCUUAGUCAACAUGGCUGCGAGUGUUGGAAGGAUUUGCGGUGCAGGACUCCUGAAACCGUCCUGCGGGAAAACAGUAACUCAGAUCAGUUCCUUUUCAACAACAAGGGAAUGGACCAGGGGUCGAAAAGCUUUACUAGGGACUUUGGGAGUGCUGGCUGGGGGCGCCGGUGCUUUGGUUUUCGCCCUUGAACAAUCAGUCAAAGCCUCAGACCUUGAGUUGCACCCCCCUAAAAACCCAUGGAGCCAUAACGGUAUUCUCAGCUCACUUGACCACGCCAGUGUGAGAAGGGGGUACCAAGUGUACAAACAAGUGUGUGCCGCCUGUCACUCCAUGAGAUUCAUAGCUUAUCGUAAUUUAGUUGGAGUGUCACACACCGAAGAUGAAGCUAAAGCCGAAGCCGAAGAAAUCAUGGUGACUGACGGCCCCGACGAGAACGGAAACAUGUUCCAAAGACCGGGAAAAUUAUCCGACUAUUUCCCCAAUCCUUACGCCAACGAGGAGGCUGCGCGUGCCGCCAACAACGGGGCUUUCCCGCCGGAUCUUAGCUACAUCGUCUUGGCCCGUCACGGAGGGGAGGAUUACAUUUUCUCUCUAUUGACCGGCUACUGCGACGCUCCUGCUGGGGUUGUUAUGAGGGAAGGACAAUACUACAACCCCUACUUCCCCGGUGGGGCUAUUUCAAUGGCACAAGCCUUGUUCAAUGAAGUAAUAGAAUAUGAAGACGGGACACCUGCAACUGCCAGUCAAUUAGCAAAAGAUGUCGCCACUUUCCUCAAGUGGACUUCAGAACCAGAAUUUGACGACCGCAAAAGAAUGGUCAUUAAAGCCACUGGAAUAUUUACACUACUCAUCGGGAUUGUUUACUACAUGAAGAGACAUAAGUGGGUUUCCCUCAAAACGCGGAAAAUUGAAUUUAAACCGAAGAAGUAAAUAUAUAGUUGAAAACUCUUAGCGUGACGUUACUGGCUAGUUCUUUCUAAGCAAAUGUAAAAUUUAAUUUUAUAAGGUUUAUUUGUCCCCGUCAUGAUGUAAAUAACUAGGAAAUUUAAUAUAUGAUUCGUUUUAUUUGGCCUUUAGCGAUUUCCAUUGCCAUUUCAAUAUUGUCACGUUAUUUGUUAAUAUAUUAUUUAAAACUUA